GUUCGGAUUCUGAUGAAAUGAAUUGUUUGCUAAAUUUUCCUACACGUUUUUUUAAUGAAAUACAUAUUAAUGACGACAAUUCGUGGUGCCCCCCAAGUGUAUAUAUAUAAAAAUUUUCACCGGCAUCAAAUAUUGACCAGUAUAAGCUAAACCGUUGGUGAAUUGUGUUGAUAUUCUGCUAAAUUGUUUGUUACAAAGUGUUUGCUGCUGAAGUUGAAUUUCCUUUGGUGAAUAGUGAAAUCAGUAUCAAAAAGGAAGAAUCCGAGAGUACCAGAUACGGACAUAUAGUGAAAUUGAUAACUAACAAAGCAACAAACAACAACCCGCUUGCCUAACAACAAUCUAAUCUCUCUGCCAAGCAUGCCUGCAACAAAAGAAAAUUCGGUGCCAAACACCAUCCUCGAUGAAGAUAAAAAAGGCCAGGAGCUUGCUGAUAAGCUUGCGAGCUGUAGCUGGAAUAAAGAACCUAUAAAUGAAAAAGAUAUGUUGGAACGUAAGAAAACAUGCUCUGAUAUUUUACAAGCGAUUGGACACACGCCUCUUGUUGAAUUGAAGAGAAUUCCGAAAGCAGAAGGAGUGAAAUGCCGAAUGCUUGCAAAAUGUGAAUUUGAAAAUCCCGGAGGAUCCGUCAAAGAUCGUAUCGCGCUCCGUAUGAUUUUGGACGCCGAAGAGAAAGGUAUUCUGAAGCCCGGUUACACCGUGAUCGAGCCAACAUCCGGAAAUACAGGCAUCGGUUUGGCACUCACCUGUGCAGUAAGAGGGUACAAGUGCAUCAUCGUUAUGCCAGACAAAAUGUCCAACGAAAGAGUUAUCACCCUUCGCGCUCUUGGUGCUCAAGUAGUCCGCGCACCCUCCGAAAUUCCGCCGUUUGAUCCUGAAGGUUUUUUUGGCGUUGCCUUUAGCCUCCAAAAAUCAACACCAAACUCAGUUAUCCUAAACCAGUUCAUGAACCCUGAUAACCCAUUGGCUCAUUAUGAUACCACUGGACCUGAAAUUUUAUGGCAAUGUGAUAAAAAAAUUGACAUGUUCGUAGCUGGAACAGGUACUGGAGGCACCGUGACCGGAAUAGGUCGAAGAAUCAAAGAAAUCGUUCCUGAUUGUAAAAUAAUAGCAGCUGAUCCUAUUGGUUCGAAGUUAGCUCGACCUGAACGCUUAAACGAAACGGAUGUGACCUUCUUUGAAAUUGAAGGCAUUGGAUAUAUUUUUGUGCCUGAAGUUUUGGAUCGGACCGUUGUUGAUGAAUGGAUUAAAGUUGGAGACAAAGAAUCAUUUGUAAUGGCUCGUCGACUGAAUCUUGAAGAAGGUUUGUUAUGCGGCGGCAGUAGUGGAACAGCAAUGUGUGCGGCUAUAAGGGCUGCCAAGAAUUUACGUGAGGAUCAAACCUGCGUGGUACUCCUUGCAGACGGCAUUCGGAACUAUAUGACCAAGUUCGUAACAGACAAUUGGAUGGAAGCCCGCGAUUACACCGAAUCAGUUAACACACAUGGCGCUUGGUGGUGGGAUCAUAAAGUAGCAGAGCUUAAACUGGAAGUCCCCAAAACAUUCACGGCAUCCACUACUUGCGAAGAAGCCCUGAAUUUCAUGAAGGCAAAUGAUUUAGAAGGAAUUCCAAUUUUAAAAGACGAUAGAAUUAUUUUUGGCGCCGUGACAUACUCAACUCUCACAUCUCAAGUUGUUAACCAAAAUAUGCAACCAUCCGAUCCAGUGAAAAAAGCUGUUUACAAAACGUGCAUAAAAGUCCAAAAAGAUGCUACUCUUGGGAAAAUAGGUCGUGUCCUCGAAACUGAACCUCUUGUCUUUGUUCUUUCACCGGAAAAUAAACUUGUUGGCGUAAUUACUAACAAAAUCCUCCUAAAUUUCAUUGUAAAAAAUUCAGCACAAAAUGAAAAUAAAAGACGACAUUGAAAAUAGUCGUUGGUGUGUAGAAAGCUCCGAUUAGUGUAGUAUUUUUAUAUGAAAUAUGUUCGUGAUUUUACUUAAAUAAAUUAUACAUAUUUGAA